AUAAUAGCAGUCCAUAAUCGUUGUGAUCGAACUUGAAAAAUGGAGGAGGAUUUCACUUGUAUUUCCUGUAAACAGUUGGCUCUGCCGGGAGGAGAAGUGCAAGAAGGGAAUCUUCACAUUAUAAUAGAAGAUGGAAAAAUAACUGCGAUCCUGGAUCAAGAGACAGACUUUGUGAAAGGAGCUGUAGAUAGACAUUAUGCUGAGAUUGUUACUCCUGGAUUUAUUGAUAUUCAUCACCAUGGAUUAGGUGGAGCUGAUGAUCUUUUGAUGUUCUGGCAACAUCCUGAGUAUACACAGCAGAGAUUGCCAAAGUAUGGUGUGACAUCCUUCCUAGCAUCCACUGUCUUUCCGGAGGACUUAGAGGGCGGCAAAGUCUUUGAGACACUCAGAAUUCUGGAGGGUAUCGUUGGCAAGACGGAUCGGGGAUCAACAUGCGAAGGCAUCCAUGCUGAGGGUCCUAUAGUCAAUGAUUUUGGUGGCCUACCCCCUGGUGAUCAAAGGAUGUCUAUAGAUCAAUUCACCCAUCUUCUUGAUGCCAUGCCUAGCUGUAAGAUGAUGACCAUCAGCCCUCAUGUAGAUGCUCAGGACGACUACCAAAGAACAAAGAUUCUCCUCCAAAGAGGUAUUGUUCCUGCUCUUGGCCAUGACAGGGUAGCAAAAGAAACUGAAAUCCUUGGUGCUCUGAAAUUAGACACAUCUCAACAAUUCCAUAUCACACAUCUCCUUAAUGUAUGCAAUUUCCAUCACAGAAAUCCCAGUCUUGUCAAUUUUGGACUGACAGAUCGCUUCCCUUUGUUGCCUGGGUACCAUCAUCUAGCUCCGCCCACAAUUGAAAUCAUAGGUGACCUCUGCCAUGUGCAUCCACUUGCUGUUUCUAAUGUACUAAGUGCAAGACAUUACAGUCAGAUUGCCUUCAUUUCAGACUGCACUGCUGAAGCAAUCCCUAAUAUGAAGAUGUCAUAUAGUAAUAGAGAUAUGCAGGUUUCAGCUGAUGGUAAAUGUUUGGUGGUGAGCGGUACAACGACGCUAGCAGGAUCAUGCUGCUCAUGUCUAGAUGCCUUCAGAUCCCUUGUCAAAGUCUUUCAGGUUGGAUUAGGAAAAGCUGUGGCCAUGGUAGCAGAGAACCCAGCUAGGAUCGCCAAACUGAAAGGAGUUGGUCAAAUUGAGGUUGGAAAGCGAGCCGAUCUUCUUCUCUUUGACAUUGACCUCAAUCUCAAGAAAACUUUCAUCUGUGGUAACGUUGCGUACACUGCAACGUGAGAAGAAUAAAAAAUUGAUAAUUGUAGUUUUCUUGGGUAUCUUGCAUUCCAUUUUACAAUACUUUUGUCAAUUAUUUCUGUUGUUAUGCAUUGAUUGUUCAACCACUGCCAUAUAUUCUGAUGUAACCUAAUUAUGCUGUAAAGGAAAAGUUAAGGAUAUAUUCUGCUAUUUUACCCAUCACAUCUUUAUGUUAAUAUCAGGGUAGUCGAGGCUGGUACUCCUGAGUCAUGAUGCCAGGGUGGAAAACCUCCCAUAGAAAUUGUACAUGUGACUCGGGCCAAGGCCACCAAAAUGUGGCCUCAAGACCAGACUCAAUAUCAUCCCUGGUUGAAAUCCCUCGGUAUGGACUGUGAUGAUAUUAUGAAUAAAUUGCAAUAUACAUGAUAUUGCAAAAAGUUUGAGAGGGUGCCAAUUUAUCCCCCCCCCCCAUACUUGUAGGGAAUAAUGUAGUACUUCAUUAUAGUUCUGCAUGAAAUAUUCAUGAUUUGGCUCAGUUAUUAAACAAGAACUAGGAUAUAAGAAAUAGGAUAUAAGUGCGCCAGCUUCAUUUAAUUUUGUCUCUCCAUUUCACCAUUUUCAUUAGAAUAUUUUGAAACCUAGCCCUUGAUGAAAAAACCUUCACACAUCAUAUUUGACACGAACUGAUUCUUGGUGGCCUUGGGUUAAUGAAUGCCUAAUCCGCUCCAUUAAUAUGCCAUGCUUAUUUACACUAUACACUGAUUCUAAUGGGGCUAAUAUUUAAAGUAUUCAUGGGCCCUUCUGACCAUUUUCCCACCAAAUGGGGCUGUGGAUUUUUGUCAUUAUGCUCCAUCAAAUUUUACAUUUUUAAAAACUGAAAUGUUAAAAAAAUGAUGUAAUUUCUAGUACAACUUUAUGAUUUAUGGAAUACAUAUAGGACCAUUGUCAGUUUCUAUCAUAGGAGCUUGUAUUUCAUUCAUACAUGAUUAAAUUGAUUAGAAAAGUAUCCCAAAUUGCUAGCAAUCCAGCUGGCUGGCUUACAAAGCUGUUUUUCAAGUUAGAACCAACUUUAAUCAAAUGAAAAUGACAUGCCCAGUUGUUUUUUGCAUCUGUUAGAUUACAUCAGCUAUUAAAAGUUUAGAUAUGUAGCUAAUGAUUGAUAUUGAAUAUUCAUUGCCAGAAAUGAAGGAAAUAAGGAAUGUAUGUAAAUAUUGAAGAAUACCAUCUCUGUUGGGGUAUUUUUUUUCUUCAUGAAACCUUCGUGAUUUUCCAAUGCCUAAUUGGAGAGAAAUAUUAUUUUUGAAAGCAUUCAAAGAGUAUACACUUCCGUGCCUUAAAUAAAAAGCUGCCAUUUCAAUCAUGGGGGAGUGUUUCAUGAAAAGUUUUUAAAGGAAAAUAAAACCUUUGGAACAAGAUAGCUUGUGCGAAAACAGAAAAAUCAAAGAAACAGAUCGAUAGCUUCAGAAAAAUUGAAUAAAUACUAAAAACGUUAUGAGCAUUUCACCUAAGAUUAUUAUUGUAAUGAAAAUUCUCCCAUUGGCAAUGCGACAAAUAUUUGUUAUAUCACAUGUGAACAACUUUGCCAUUACUUUUGUAUAUAUUUCACUUAAACUGCCUCUUUUAUCAUAUCUAUCAGAAGAUCAUGUAUUCUAUCUAUAGGAGGGCAUGUAAUACAGAUUUUCAAAGAAUACAUUGAUAAAGAGUUUGUAUCACCAUAAGAAAGAGCAAAAAGAUACAUUUGGGGGGGGGGCAUUUAUAGUCCAUCAAAGGGAAAGAUGUUCACAUGUGACAUCACACAAUCAUUUUCACUGACUACAUUGUUUUCAACCAAUCAGAUGGAUUUGUUUCAGUAGCUUAUAACAUUUGAAAUCACUGUUUGCUUCAAGAAAUGCCCCCCUUAUUGAGUUGUUAGCCCAGUAUAAAAAAAACUCAUUAAUACUUAGUAGUUUAAGCCAGGGCUAACAAUAGUUCGGCUAAAGCCAGUGGCCCGUAUUCUGAAGUCGGGUUUAACUUAAACUCAGGUUUAAAGUUGUGGUUUAAAUAUGGACAGCCAAUUGUUACAUAAAUCACUAACAGUAGGGAUAAGAUAUUUCAGCUCAUUUGGCUCUCUAAUCAUUCAUAAUUGCCUAGGAAGUAUAAGUAGAUAAUUGUCUUCACCAUCGAUGAAUCAGGAAAGAGCACAGUAAACAUAAGAAACAUACAACUUAAUAAAAAAAAUGGACUCUUUUGGCUUUCCAUAAUUUUAGCAGAGUUAGACCAUGGUCUAAGUUAAACCUGACUUCAGAAUACGGGCCAGUGUAAUUAUACUGCAUUUAUCCUAGAGUGCUCUAUAGAACCGUAAGAUAAAGAGGUGUUAGCACUAUACAGUGCAUCCCACAAAAAAGGAAACCCUUUUUCAGAGAUAGAUUGCACAAUUAUUAAAAUAUGUUUUUGCUAUAAAUUUGAUACUCAUGGCAAGAGUGGAUUCUCAUCUCUCAUUUGAAACCAACAGCUUAGCAAAUCGUUCACGCAUGGCAGACUGCAAACAAUAAAUAUUGAGGCACAUCAGAAACGAUUUGUGCAGAACUUGUGUGUGAAUGUGAAUCCACUCUCAUUUCAGGGAUCAGUGAGAGAAGCUUAACAAAGAAUACAAAAGAAAUGCUAAUGAGCCAAUCGUCCAAUACGCAUUGUCGUCACAUCACGAACCAAUCUUGUCCGAUUUUUCCGCGCAACCUGGUUCUGACAAAAAAAUUUCAAACUCAUCUUGCUCAUUAAUGCGGGAAGUGUUCAUCUCAUAUUAGGUAUCAAAAUAAAGAAGAAUGAUUGCAUCAUAUGAUUAGGUAAAUGAAAUAUCAUAAUUUAUUUGCCUUUGAAUUUAAAAGACAUGGGAAUCCCAGUUUCCUUUUUUUUCUGGGACGCACUGUAUAUUAUUAUUACAAGUUUCCAGGGUACCAUGCCAAAUGAUCUAUUGCAUUUAUGCAAAAUUGCACCUAUUGUUUUGAUCAAUAAUUCAAGGGAGGUUUUUUUUUUUACUUUAUAUUUAUUGCUCCGAGGCCUUUUUACAGACAACUGUAUUUCAUUGUGUUCAGAUGAAAUACAUUUUUUUGUAUAUUUGAUUAUAUUUGUGCUAUAACCAAACAAUGCUGUAAAAUUUAUUUCUACCAAUGAAUUUCUAGGUGUUGAUUUUAUGUAAACUUUUGAUAAAAAGUAAUAAUGCCUAUAUGUAUAUUGUGGGGAUAGAUGCUAGAUAGAAAUGGAAUUGAUUAAUAUGCUUAAUAAUCAUAUUUUAUCUUUAAUAGCUAUAAAACGGAUAUUUCAACAGAUUAUUUUAGAUUGCCUUAUAAUAUUGGUGCUAUGACAAGGCUUCAACUCAUUACUUUGUAAUCUCUUUAGAAAUUAUAUAUUAGAUAAAUUAAAGGGGCAUGUUUGGCUGAAAAUUGCAUUUGAAUUAAUCUAAAUUAUUUAUAUUUAUUAGAUAAACAGACAUGACACUUCACCAAGAUCUGAUGAAGAAUAACAAAGUUAUUGACAUUUGAAUGUUCAUAUUGUUUUGGGUUUUUUUAAGAAUCAUUUGUACACUUGUCAUGAAUUUCCAAUAUGCUAGCAGAUGCUUUCAAGUUCCCACUUUUCAAAAAAAGUAAAUUAUCAUUUGAAAUAUUAUUUAUUUCCUCAUUACAUUAUUUGUGGAUGAACAUUUAAAAAACAAGUCACAGAAUUAAUGACUUGAAGCAUUAAAUUAGUAGUUUUAUUUUAGGUUUUCACUUUGCAUAUUCCUCAUAUUAUAUUCGAUGGGUGUUUAACUGCUAGUAUUUCCAGGAAUUAGUAAAGAAUUUAAAUUUUCAAAGGUGUCGUUAUGUACUUAAACUUACAUUCAUGACUGCCCAGAUCAAAAUCUACAAUACUUUUAUCCAGAUAAAUUUUAAUUUUCCAUGUAGUUUUUAAAAGCUAAUUCCUACCAUUAUAAUGGUAUCUAAUUCUGUUAAGUUGAUUAACAAUUUAUCAUCUUAUAGUCCACCUAACUUCUUGAUUCAAUGUGACUUUCAUGGAGAAGUUUACAUAUCAGGAAAGUCCAUGGUAUACAUGUAAGUUUGAUAUUCACUCAAACAUGAGAUGUGGUACUGUUAAAGGCCGUCAAAGAUUUUCAGUAUUUUCUUUUGGGUGAAUUUCAAGCAUUAAUAUUUUUGCAGAAUUUUGCUCUUUCAGACAAGUCAAAUUUUGAUGUGUCAGCUAGACCAAACAUGACUGUUUGGGCUCAUUUAACUUACUGUGGGUUUUGAAUUGGGCAGUCAUAUGACUGUAAAUCACAAUGUUCUGUGAGAAAAAGAAGGAAAUUAAGGAAAUUGAUAGUCAUAGUUGGAUCUAACUUUAUUUUCAAGCCGAGAACUGAACUGCCAUGUUAUACAGAAAUACAUGUUUUUCCAAAGUUUGUUUCCAUUGAGAUAAAUUCAGUAUAUUCCUACUUGGAUUUAACUCUUGAAUGUUGCUUUUUUGUGCUAUACUGCCUUGAAUGACAUGAUUUUUAAAUUAUGUUGUAAGAAGAUAAAGAUUUCAACAAUCUAUAACCUGGUGGUUGUUUCAUAAAUCUGUUCGUAAGAUAAGAACGACUGGUGAUCCUUUCUUUUGGUAAAUGGUAUACACCAUAGGCGAUGGUUUAGCGCGUAAGAAAGGAUCACCAGUCGUUCUCAAAGUCGCUCUUACGAACAGCUUUAUGAAACGGCCUCCAGGAAAACUUGGCAUUGCACAUGCAGGAGAGGAAUAUGUAAUGUUGAAAAUAAUCACUUCACAAGAUUUUCUUCAUUUCAAAUCUAUUAUGCUAUUAUAGUAGCUACUGAAAGGAUGCCAAUUAUUUUGUGUUAGUAAAUUUUGUAGAUAUGUUCUUCCUUGAGAAUGAAAUAAAUUUCAUAAGAGGCAAAGUUAGUUGUUAGUGGUAAAAUCUUAUUAUUAAAUAAAGUUAAAUCUA